GGAUGGGAUGGCGAUGGGACAGGGAUGAUACAAAGGGAUGGGGACACGGGGGGAAGGUCCAAGCGCUGGUCCCAGAGCAGGCCCGCCGAGUGCUGCUCCGGGGGGUGCCCAGGGGCCGCUGUCCCCCCACCCCCUGCCCCGAAGUAGCGGCUGCCGGAGUCGGUCCGAGGUGAGGGGUGCGUGUGCCCACGAAGGGUUAAGGGGGGCGGGGGGCUGAGGGGAGGGGGGUGUCGGCUCCGCCCGCUCCCGCCGUCCCCGGGAGAUAUUGUCAUGCAAAAGCCCCCGGCAAGCGCAGCCUUUGUCCGCGCUCCCCCCACCAGUAUAUUAACCGGCUGGGGCGGCGGCGGUGGCGGGGGCGGGCGGGGGCCCGGCGGGCAGGAGGCGGCGGGGACGGGCGGGCGGCAGCCGGGGCCGCACCGGGCUCGCCAUGGACUACUCCUACCUCAACUCCUACGAGUCCUGCGUGGCCGCCAUGGAGGCGAGCUACGAGUUCAGCCCCUGCAGCCAGGCGGGCUCCUUCCAGUACAGCCCCAUGCGGGGGGGCUUCGGGCCUGCGCCCGCCUGCGCCCCCCUCGCCUCCGCCAGCUGCGCCCUGGGUGCCCUCCGUGACCACCAGCCCUCGCCCUACUCGGCAGUUCCCUACAAAUUCUUCUCAGACCCAUCGGGGAUCAACGAAAAGCGGAAGCAGCGGCGGAUCCGGACAACAUUCACCAGCUCCCAGCUGAAGGAGCUGGAGAGGGUCUUUGCCGAGACCCACUACCCUGACAUCUACACCCGCGAGGAGCUGGCCCUCAAGAUCGAUCUCACUGAGGCAAGGGUGCAGGUGUGGUUCCAGAACCGUCGCGCCAAAUUCCGCAAGCAGGAGCGCGCGGCCAAUGCCAAGGGUGCCAGCGGCACCGGCAGCACCGGGAAGAAGUCAGAGCCACGCUCCUCCUCAGAAGACGACGAAUCCAAGGAAUCCAACUGCAGCCCGACUCCAGACAGCACGGCAUCCCUGCCUGCUGCUGCCAUCGGCAGCCCCGGUGGCAGCUUGAGCCCCAGCCCUGGCGCGGGGGCACCCCUGGGACCCGGCCAUGCCCCACAACCCCUCAAAGCACCCCUCUGGGCAGGGGUGGGGGGCGGCAGCGGUGCCCCCAACACGGCCGAGCUGCUGAAGGCCUGGCAGCCCGCCGAGGCUGUGCCGGGACCCUUCUCCGGUGUCCUCUCCUCCUUCCAUCGGAAACCAAACGGCAUCAAGACAAACCUCUUCUGAUCGCUGAAUUACCAGAUCCGGCUGCCCCCCAAACCCCCCUCGGCCCCCACCCUGCACACUCCACCCACCGCCCCCACCACGGACCCAGCCACGAUACUUCAGCAAACCGGGAGAGGGAGCAGGGACCGCCCCCUGCCACCUCCCGGACCCUGCGCUGAUGGGGCGGACCCGGAGUGGGAGCAGCUCCCACCGACACCCGUGGGUGCUGUGGGACCAUGGGGGUGCAAGGCAGGGGACACCACCCCCAUGCUCAGCCAGCAUGCUCCUGGCAAAGCCUUUGGGUCUGGGGGCUCCCAGUGCACUCCAGGGGUGGGGGCAGAUGUGGAGCUCCCCAUAGCACUGUGGGUGCUCCAGCAUCGCCCCAGGAGACACCUCUCUCAAUGGUCUGUGCCGCUGGGCUGGGGGUGAGAAAGCACUUUAUGGGGGGGCCUCUGGGGUCCACUGGGUGGGCAGUGCCAGGGAGUCCGGUAUGGAGAUGCCCGUUGGUGUGGGGAGGGGUUGAUUUCACCCAGAUCCUACCUGCUAACAUGGAUUCCCCCCCAGCAGCACCCUGACAGGAAGAAGACACACACCCCCCCACCCCCGAAGACUGUGGGGAGUAAAUGCAGGGCUGGGAGGUUCAGCACUCACCUGCAUUGCUGCAGGUGUUGCCAAUGGGGACAGGACACCACAACUGCUGGGGGUGAGGUGGCCCCUUGAGGGGGGUAAUGGGGGAUGGACCCCCUGUCGCAGCCAGUGGGAUGUCUCAGAGCAGCCAUGACCCCUUGCCAGCAGUAGGUUGUGUGCUCCCACUGAAACUGGCAUGAGUGCUGCUGGGACCCCCCGCGCAACCCUGUGACCUCCCAGAGGGUUCCCGAAGCAGGGGGAUGGUGCUGGUGGGCCCCUCGUGCCCAGCCACCAGUGCUGCUGUGCUGGUGGGUUUCAUGGCAUGGUGAGGAUGCUGGCAGCCCAUCUAUAGACCCCUGUUCCCCUGUAUCCCUCCCAGCUCCCCCGAGGUGGGUUCUCCACUUUUGUUUUUUUUAACCAUUCUGUAAUUUAUUACCCA